AUGUCAAAGCCUGACGAAGAGAAGAACUCUGGGAGCUCUGGCGCUGCCACAGUUUCAGUACAAGAAACAAAUACAGAGGUGAAGAAGGUGCUUCCAACAUUUCCUGAUGGUGGGACUAGGGCAUGGCUUGUUGUACUGGGGGUCGCUGCACUCAACUUUGCCACGUUUGGAAUGACAGUGUCCUGGGGGGCGUUCCAGUCGUACUACGAGCAGACACUUUUGCACGACUACAGCUCUUCGACGAUUUCGUGGAUAGGAUCGCUCCAAUUUGCGCUCAUCUUUAUGCCCGGCGUCUUCACAGGUCGCAUCCUCGACAUGGGAUACCACAAGCUCCCGCUCGGUCUAGCAUCCGCAUUCUACGUCCUCUGCACAUUCCUGACAGCCGAGUGUAAAGAGUACUACCAGUUCCUUCUCUGCCAAGGGUUCGGUAUGGGUUUGGCUUGUGGCUUCAUCUUUCCGCCUACCCUUGGAAUCGUCUCUCAGUGGUUUCACAAGAGACGUGCAACUGCGUUUGGAAUCACUGCAUCCGGGACAUCCCUCGGUGGGAUUGUGUUUCCUAUUCUCAUCCGCUUUCUUCUCCCGUCACUCGGAUUCAAGUGGACCGUCCGUGUCCUGGCAUUCAUCGUUGCCUUUGCCUUGUUGCUUGGAUUCUUGGCAACGAAGACCCGAAUUCCUCCUCGGCCAAUCAAGAAAUGGUUCAAUGCAGAUGUCAUUGCGGACCAAGGCCUGCUAUUCUAUAGCGCCGGUUCAUUCUUUGCAUUCCUCGGAAUGUAUGCGAUCCUAACAUUCCUUGCUGUAUCUGCUGUGGUCAAAGGUAUUGAUCGCAGCUCAGCUUUCUAUUUUGUUUCCAUAAUGAAUGGUGCUUCCAUCGUCGGACGACUCUCUGCUGGCGUUUUGGGCGAUAUAUUUGGUCCAUUAAACUUGCUCAUUCCUUUCACAUUCAUCGCCGGUAUUGUCAGCUAUGCCUGGCCAUAUGCUCACAAUUAUGGCGGCUUCGUCGGGAUCUCUAUAGUAUACGGAAUGGCGUUUGGUGCAUAUGUGGGUUUACUCCCGUCGCCCGCAGCAAGUCUAGGUCCCAUAGAAACGGUCGGCGAGAGAGUAGGGUUCCAGUUAAGCUUUAUGAGUAUUGCUAUCCUCAUUGGCUCUCCUAUUGCCGGUGCCAUUCGCGCCCGACCUCUGGGAUUUAGGGGGACUGGUAUCUACGCUGGAUCGUGCAUUAUGUUAGCUGUCGUGUGUCUUGUGCUCACUCGACGAGUAGCAAAGAAGACGUGGUUCAGAGGCAAGAUAUAA